CUAAAAUCGAAUGUCUAAGGGUGUUGUGACCCGAAUAACAGCCGACAAUGAUAACAUUUCGAAUAUAUUAAUUAAUUAGCUUCAAAAAGAAUGCUUCAACGCGUUUUGCCAUUAUCAUAUAAUACAGUAAAUCCACUCGCGAUAAGUGAUUGCGUAGGCUGCAAAGAACCGUAUUCUUGAACACGUCGACAUGCACACACGACAGGUAUGCAUUUGAAACCGAUAUACUCCGAUACAUAAAUUAAGAACAAUGUCGAUAAACAAUAUGGAUGGUACACUGGUGGCAAAUAAACAGCAACAUUUGCUGAAGUUCUGGAAGGAUUUAUCGGCCAAAGAACAAGAAUUGUUCUCCUCUCAACUGAAGACCAUCGACUUCGAAGAAGCCCUGGGGGCUUACCAGAAAGCGCAGAGUUACUCCCACGAAGGCAUUAAAAAAUUGGACGAUCACAUGAAACCGGUACCAUCGCACAAAUUCGAAGCCGAGUUAGAAAUAAGUGAAGAAACAUUGGAAGGAUACCGCAAUGAAGGGUUGAAACAAAUAUCCCAAGGGCGAGUGGCUGUAAUCUUACUAGCCGGAGGCCAAGGCACCAGGCUCGGGGUGACCUACCCCAAAGGUAUGUUCCCUUUAGAUUUACCGUCUGGCAAAACACUUUUCCAAAUCCAAGCCGAGAGGAUACGAAGAAUACAGAAAAUAGCCGAAGAAAAGUUUGGUCAAUUCGGAAAAAUAUGCUGGUUCAUAAUGACCAGUAGUGCAACACACGAAUCGACCGAACGCUACUUGGAAAAACACGAGUAUUUUGGACUCGAUAGAGAAGAUGUACAUCUAUUUCAACAGGGAGUUUUACCCUGCUUUACAUUCGAUGGAAAGAUCAUUCUCGAUGAGAAAUAUUCAGUAGCUCUAGCGCCAGAUGGUAACGGGGGUAUUUAUAAAGCUUUAAGGAAGAACAACAUGUUAGACUUCAUGAAAAGGAAAGGGAUAAAAUACGUUCACGUCUACAGUGUUGAUAAUAUAUUAGUAAAAGUGGCCGACCCAUGUUUUAUAGGAUACUGCGUUAAGAAGAAGGCCGAUUGCGGCGCCAAAGUCAUUCGCAAAGAACACCCGAACGAAGCGUUGGGCGUCGUCUGCGACGUGAACGGUAAAUUCCAAGUGGUGGAAUACAGCGAAAUAACCGAGAAAACAGCGGGGCUGCGCGACGACGACGGCCUCCUGGUCUUCCGAGCGGGAAGUAUCUGCAAUCAUUUCUUCACCACCGAGUUCUUGGAUAAGGCUGCUAAUUCGUAUGAAGCCAGCCUCAGGCCGCACAUAGCGAAGAAGAAGAUCCCUUAUAUCGACGAAAGGGGUUGCAAGGUGACGCCGACUUCUCCGAACGGUAUUAAAAUCGAAAAGUUCAUCUUCGACGUGUUUGAAUUCUCCGAGAACUUCGUCAGUUGGGAGGUGCCCAGGCACGUUGAGUUCAGUCCUUUGAAGAAUUGCGAGAAUAGUCGCGUAGACUGUCCAUCGACCUGUCGUAAUGACUUGUACCGGUUACAUAAAGAGUAUGUAGAACAAGCAGGUGGCAUCGUAUCUUGCGAAGAAUUAGAGAUAUCGCCUCUAUUAUCUUACGCAGGUGAAAAUUUGGAGGGUAAAGUUAGAGGAAGAGUUUUCAAUGAACGAACUAUAAUAUUAUCCGAUGAGGAAAAUGGCUUGAAUGGAUUUCACCAGAGUAUUUGAUACGUUCUGGGUACUAUGUAGGAAAAAGUCGUACUGAAUGUGCCGAUGUAACUAAAUGUACAAAUUAAAAUAUCUUUCGCGCACUUUAAUAAAUUAAAAGGAGUAACUGUGUAUUUGUUAUUUUUCAAAAAGGCGAAAUUACUCAUACGGAAUAGUUUAUGGGUGUAUUUAGCUUUAUUUUGAAAUGCAAAUAGCUUUUACUUUGUAACUACUUAAUUUUUUUUUAAAAUGUAUUGUUAUUUUCAUUUUUUAAUAAUAUAUACCUAAUGAUUUAUGAAUUCGUUGCAUUUUUAAAUUGUACACAUUAUUCACCUUAUGUUUA